AUGGAGCGUUCAGAGCAGCAGAACGAGGCCGCCCGAGAGUUGUGGUUAUGGGUAGGAUGUCUUGCCCUCACAUUGGCAAUUCUGCAACUCUUCCGAACAUGGUGGUCACUGAGGCAUAUUCCCGGUCCCUUUCUCGCCAGCAUCACCAACCUACCUCGAGUGUGGUGGGUAAAAACCGGUCGCGCGCACCUUUAUCAUCAGGCUCUUCACAAAAAAUAUGGAGAUGUGGUCCGCCUCGGACCCCGCAUGGUCUCUUUCAGCAACCCCGAAGCAAUUCCGACGGUUUAUCCAAUUCGACCUGGUUUUCCCAAGAGUGACUUUUAUGCUGUCCUGCGUCCUUAUACCCGCGAACGUGGCUCAAUGCUGGCAGUGUUCAACACACAAGACGAGUCGAUGCACAAGCUGAUCAAAAGCCCAAUUGCACCGCUUUUUUCCCUCUCGAACGUAGUCCACUUUGAAGGUCUAGUGGAGGAAGUUCUCGCAUGUCUAUCCGAGCAAUUUGAUAAACGCUUCGUGGCCACGGGCGAGGCAUUCGACUGCGCUGAAUGGUUACAGUACUUUGCCUUCGACGUCAUGGGGACUAUGUCUUUUUCUAAGCGGUAUGGGUUUCUCGAGCAAGGCCGCGAUGUGAACGGCAUGUUGAGGGCCAUUUUCGAAUUCUUCAUGGUGGCAGCACCGAUGACACAACUUACAUGGCUGGACCCAAUUCUGUACAAAAACCGUCUGGCGCACAGUUUUCGACAGACCCCGGGAAUGUCUAUUCUAGGAUUCGUGGGCAAGGCAAUUGGGGGUCGACUGGCCAAGAGCGGCGAUGUCAAGGAAGAUUCCGGCUUCACACCUCCAAACAAGGACUUUCUGGCUCGCUUUCUCGAGACUCAAAAACUGAAUCCCAAACUUCCGCCAUGGGUCUCCACGGCCUGGACAUUUUCCAAUGUCAUUGCUGGCUCCGAUUCGGUUGGGACUUCCUUAGAAAGACUGCAACGCGAACUCGACGGAGCCAACCUGACCCGGCCAUAUCCACAAUGGAGCGAAGUACGCGACUUACCCUACCUGGACGCUUGUAUUCAGGAAGCUGCACGCCUGCAUCCUCCGUUCGCCCUUCCAUUGGAACGCAUUGCUCCGCGAGGUGGUGUGACGGUACUAGGCCACUACUUACCCGAAGGCACGCUUGUUGGGGGUAACCCUUACGUCGUUAAUCGUCACGAAGCCACCUUUGGCCCGGACGUAGAGGCUUGGAAGCCCGAGAGAUGGCUUAAUGCGGAAGAUGACCACAAAAGGCUCCUCGAGCAGAGCCUACUCACGUUUGGUGCCGGUAGACGUGUUUGUCUGGGUAGGCAUAUCGGGAUUUUCGAACUGAAGAAGCUUCUACCAUUCUUGAUCUUGAACUACAAGCUACGAUGCGAAAUGGGUUCCUCUUCAGGCAGCGAAGCUUUACUUGCCAGAUUCAAAGGCGGGAGUAGUGAAGCCUUUGAACGGCAUAGAUACGAAACGUCAGUCAGCAAUUGUGAUCUUCCAGAGGUUUCUGCAUUACAUAGCACGAGAGCAGUAAAUUGGCGGCUAUUGUCAGCGAAUUCACGCAACGUUUCUGUUCCUGUUAUGCGCAGUGUAGCAUCUUUCGAAACCCUUUGGGAGACGAGGACGUCGGAGGAUUAA